AUGUGGACUCUCCCCAAAAGCAAAACUUGCGAAGUGUACAGCGUCUCUGGGCAUGGACAAUCGGGCUGCUCCGCUGCACAGGGAGAGGGGGAGUUAAAGGAGCCCACCCAGUCACUGAGCCCCCCCACGAAGCCUGAGGAUCAAGCAAAGCAGAGGGCAGAGGGGGGGCGAGCUCCGGCCUGUGGCUCCUGGAGGAGGUGGAUGUUAGGUCUCCUGCCUUUCUUUCCCUUCACUGCUGCCAUUGCACUGACCCUCCACUACUUAACAUCACCGCCCUCCUCAGUUUUCUUCCUCGGAGGCAGCGUGGAGUUCCCAAACCUGAGCUUCUCCUCAGAGCUGACCGACUCCACUUCCCAGCAGUUCCGCCUGCAGGCUCAGGCUUUGAACCAUUAUUUCUCAGAACUCUACGCGUCCUCUCCGUGGAGCUCCUACUACCUGCGCUCAGGAAUUACUGCCUUCAGUGAAGGAGCAGAGGGGCUCAAUGUCUUCUACUGGAGUAAAUUCUCUGCCCCGGACGAUGUUGCCAUGGCGAUCCGGAGGUCCAGCCCAGAGAGGCUGCAGCGCAGGCUUCCCGGCAGCAACAAGGUGCAGCGGGACAGCUACAACGGACAGCGCUACUACAUGGAGCAAGAUGAGGACACGCUCCACCUACUGGGUUUGGAUCCUGACGACUUUGAAUCAGAAGAAAAAUCAGGCAAGAUUAAGAAUCCAAAUAGCAUCCAGAGUGGGAAAUGGCAGCUUGGCUUCCAAGCAAUGUCUUUUGACCUCUACGCCAAAUAUGGCAACAACCGCACCCUGAGCCUUGUGAGUCCCAAGAAGCCGUACUACCAGUGGCGUUUGCGUGUACCAUCUGGUCAUGUAGUUCGACUGGUUGUCCUCACCCUGCAUGGUGCCACGCCAGGAAGCUGCACUGCCCACAAGCUCUCAGCCUACGACUUCCUGCUUCCUCUACAAAAUAAGAUCAUUGCCAGGUGGUGUGGGCUUCCUGUCUCGGGCUCGUCUCCGGUCAUGAAGCUGAUGUCAUCUGGGAAUGUCAUGUUGGUCACCUUCUCCUUUAGCAGACAGAGGGAUGGAGCAAUCUUCAAAGCAUACUUCCAGGCCAUCCCAAAAGCAGGUUGUGGAGGGUCAAUUUCCUCUUGGAACGGCUCCAUUUCCUCACCCUACUAUCCUUCCUAUUACCCUCCUAAUAUAGACUGCACCUGGACCCUACGGGCGCCGUUGCCAGGAUACCUGAUCUCCAUGACGAUUGUGACGAUGGACAUUCAGGAUUCCCCGUCAUCGGACGGCUGCGAGAAAGACUGGCUGGACAUUGGAGGGGUCAAACUGUGUAACCCUGUAUCAGACAGCAGCAAAAAGCGGGUCUACUCCUCUCCUCUCUCCCUCCAUUUCCAUUCGGAUGAGUCUCUCACUCACAAAGGUUUCUACUUGCUCUACCGAGCCUUCUCUCCAGAGGGCACUUGCCCACGCCAGUUUCGCUGUGGAGACGGGCGCUGUAUCCCUCUGAGGAAGGUGUGCGAUGGAGUGAAAGAUUGCUCCGAUGGACGAGACGAGGCGAAAUGCUCGUCCUGCAGGCCGGGGGAAGUGUUGUGUGGUAACGGCCAGUGUAAGCCUCAAAGCAGCCAGUGUGUCAGUCAGAGCGCCUGUGCAGACAGCAGCGAGGAGGGCGCCUGUGGAGGUAAAUGUCAUCACGUAUGUCCCAACAAGGUGUGUUUGCCGAAGUCUUCAGUGUGUGACGGGAUUUCUGACUGCAAAGAUCGGAGUGAUGAACUCAACUGUACCAGAGCAUAUCUUAAAGGCUGCUCUGCUUCCUCUUAUAAAUGUGCUAAUGGAAAAUGUGUUAGUAAGGUCAACCCUGAGUGUGAUGGAGUAAAAGACUGCUUUGACGGCUCUGAUGAACUGCGCUGUGGCUGUGGUACCAGGCCCAGGAAGCGUACUAAAAUAGUAGGAGGCUCUGAUGCUGGUACAGGGUCAUGGCCAUGGCAGGUCAGCCUCCAGAUGGAUCGCUAUGGCCACAUCUGUGGAGCUACACUGGUCUCCAACCGCUGGCUCAUCUCUGCAGCUCACUGCUUCCAGGACUCAGAUGCCAUUAAAUACUCAGAUGCUCGCGCGUGGCGGGCUUACAUGGGAAUGCGUGUGAUGACUAUGGGGAACAACGGAGCAGCCGCCAGGCAGAUCCGGCGAAUCCUCCUCCACCCACAGUACGACCAGUUCACGUCUGACUACGACAUCGCCCUCCUCGAGCUCAGCUCUCCUGUGUUCUUCAACGACUUGGUGCAGCCUGUGUGUGUCCCCGCCUCCUCACACACCUUCACCACGGGGACCAGCUGCUAUGUCACAGGCUGGGGAGUCCUCAUGGAGGACGGCGAGCUGGCCUCUCGCUUACAAGAGGCCUCAGUGAAGAUCAUCAACAGGAACACCUGUAACAAGCUGUAUGACGACGCCGUCACUCCCAGGAUGCUGUGUGCUGGGAACUUACAGGGAGGGGUGGACGCCUGCCAGGGUGACUCAGGAGGUCCGUUGGUGUGCCUAGAGCGUGGCAGACGGUGGUUCCUGGCGGGGAUCGUGAGCUGGGGUGAAGGCUGUGCGAGGCAGAACCGUCCCGGCGUCUACACACAGGUGGUCAAGUUCACUGACUGGAUCCAGCAGCAGACUAAAGGGCAGGUGUGACUGGACAUCAGACUGACACACGAGCAAAAUGACAGACUUUAACACACAGGACAAAGGUUUCAGACUCAGAGUCUGUCUGCAGACUGUUGUCGUGACUGCGUGACAGCACAUACAGUCAGUUUUUGGGAGCAUAUUCAUGACAGCGCAAAGGUGGGGGCAUCAUCCCUGCCGAACCAACCAGGGUCACUGCAUGCAAAUGUUAGAAUUUGGCUGGAAUGGUUACUUAAGUUACAAGAUUUAUGAUGAAAUCCUUGCUCCAUCCUCUACACACUUUACUGCAACAUAAAAACACUGUACUAGAUUUUGGGUUUUGCUGUCUGCACACACGUAGACUUAACUUUGGGUCAGUAUUUAUUGGUGUCAGCAGAAAUAUUGGUAGGUGCUACUCACAAAUAUUAGGAUCCAAAUUUUCUUCCUCUGUAUUAGAUGAAACACACCACUUGCUGUGCAAACACUCCUGGUACUCCUGCGCUUAAUCAGCAGCUUAUUUCCAUUUUCUCUCCACACAAGGCAUCUUUUGUCCUGUACUUGCCACAGGAGGACCUCAGUUACUGUAAACUCUGUCUUCUUUGUCGCUAAAAACACAACUUUUAGUUGUGUAGGAACGUAAAUCCGGUUGGUCAGAAAAUCUAACAGAAACACAACAAAACCAAACAAAGAAACAGAUUACUUUUAUUUACAAUUUUUACAGAGUAAUAGUAUGUUUAAGUCUCCUUCAUCUGCAGUAAAGACCAGCCAGUCGCAGGUGAACAGGUGAGUACUCAUUUUAACCUGUAAACACCAGGCUUCAGAACUGUCACCACUUACUUCCUGAUGUGGUAAUGUCUCUCUGCCCUCCUUUUUCCUGUUCCACUUAAAUUGCGCACAGCAGAGUUGGCUAACAUGUCAGGUGUUGCCAACAAAAAUCAGAUCAUUUAUUACAGAAUGUGGAAAGAGUUCUCUCCCCACAAGUACGUAACCACAUAUUUUUGCCUUCAUGUCAACUUGUCCUCGUACUGUAUAUGUGUGUUCACUGUAUGUGUUGUUGUUUUUUGUACUGUAUGUGUAUGUAAAUGCAUUUGUAUAUCAUGCUUUUAUCUGAGUCAUAGCCUCAUGUUAAAUAUAUUCUGUAGUGGAGUGAAGAAUCCCUCAAAUAGGAGGGGGUAAUAUAUUUUGCAUUUCAGAUUUACUGUGACCUUGUAAUGUAUCUUCACAGUGCCUCCUUUCUAGUUCAUGCUCGAUGAGAAGCAUGAUCGCAGCUCCGCUUAAAACCAUGUGAGGAACAAAUAUUAUCAGGUGAAAACCCAUCCGAUGCAGACACACUUGCAUUUUCCCCGGGCUUCUGCUCUUUCUUCUCAUUCAGCUCACAUCACCACCCAGUGUCCACUUUGUACCAUUGCCUCUUCUGCUAUAUCUCUCCAGAGUAUGCUGCACUUUACACCCAAAGGAUUGCUAAAUGAUAUCAGAUUAUACGCCUUUAUAUUAAAGACACCAUU